AUGGCUUCUGCAGUUGAUGGUCACCUUGCUACUCUCGCUGGUAUUUCUCUUUCCCUCGCCGCCAUCACGGCACUUAGGCGGUUCAUCAAGAAGCAACAGAAUAACCCUUCUUUUCCACCUGGCCCAGUGCCGCUCCCACUGUUAGGGAACGUCUUAUCUGUUGACGCUCAAGAGCCUUGGCUGACUUAUACGAAAUGGGGUACCGCGUAUGGGGACUUGGUCUUCGUGCGAAUUCUAGGCCAGGAGAUGGUCGUGGUCAAUUCCGAGCAUAUGAUUGCAGAAGCCUUAUUGGACAAGCGUUCUCGGAUUUACUCCGAUCGACCAUACCUAGCCACACUCGAGCCAUAUGGCUUGUCAGUGAACUUUGCAUUCAUAGGUUAUGGGGAUGAAUGGCGUCUCUGCCGACGACUCUUCCACCAAACUUUCCGCCCUGAGUCUGCAGUAAAAUUUCGUCCGAUGCAGAUCAGGCGAGCUCGUGAGAUAGUCGUCAACCUAGUUGAUGACCCUCAACGUUAUCAUGACCACUUCGCAACAUUCUCUUUAUCUGUUGUGAUGUCAGCUGUAUAUGGCUACGAUAUCAGCGCUCGUGAUGAUCCCCUGGUGCAGAUUGUGGUAAAGGCACUGAAUCCGAGCUCGGCCGUGUUAACCCCAGAGAGAGCGUUGAUACUUAAGACCUUCCCCUUCUUACUAAGGUUACCUGACUGGUGCUGGGGAUCCUCGAUCAAGCGUAGUGCUCGAGCUUCGACCGAGCGCGUCAAUGAAAUGGCCGACUUGCCAUUUCAAUAUGUGCAGCAGCACAUGACCGACAGCUCGUUCCUCGCCCAAUCUUCAAUGGUUGCAGAAAAUUUGCGACGGAUGGAGACGCAAGAGGAGGCAUCCAAACCUGCAUUCGAGAAUGCCUUAAAGAAAGCAGCCACUAGUGCUAUUUCGGCUUCAUAUGAGACGACUUCGGCAGUCUUGAUGGUUUUUGUUUUGGCCAUGGUAUUAUAUCCAGACGUGCAGAAACGCGCGCAAGCGGAAAUCGACUCAGUGGUUGGAAGAGAACGGCUGCCGACGUUCGAGGACAGAGUAUCACUACCCUACAUUGGUGCAGUUGUGCGAGAGACUUUCCGAUGGCAGCCCGUUUCACCUCUUGGCGUAUCACACGCUACCUCGAGUGAUGACGUAUAUGAUGGCUAUUUCAUUCCAAAAGCAUCAACACAAGAAUCAUUUAUAAUAUCACGCAUCAGGCGCAAUCAUCACGUACAACACAUGCGGUACCCAGACGCAUCUCGUUUUAUACCAGAGAGGUUCAUCGAUGUUAAUGGCGCGUUGACAGAUGAUGACCCCGCACAAUACUUUUUCGGCUUUGGUCGGCGUGUAUGUCCAGGGCGAUAUACUGCUGAUGCCUCCGCGUGGUCUGCCAUUGUGACUAUGUUGGCCGCAUUGGACAUUUCUUCUGCCAAAGAUGACCAGGGCAAAGCGAUCAGUUUUACUCCCACGUUCAUCACGGGACUGGUUCGGUACUCGACUCGGACUUCCUUUCCACUUGUCACUAACACUUUUGUUGUUUCAGCUACCCUGCUAUCUCCCCUUGCAGGAUUUCAGUACGGUCCCACAUUCAUUCAGACCUUGUAAACGGUUGGAGAACUACCGAGUUUUGAAAGAAGGGGUGAUGACAGUUUGGCUCUUCCGUGGUCUGAUUGGGGCACUAGAGGAGUAAUCGAUCAAGUAUGUGCUUCUAAUGUAUAACAGUCAGCAGUCGUGAUGAACAGAAAGGUAUCAUAUUAUCCGGUGUGUCUAGGUGUUAUGUUGAGGGUAUUGUGAUGCUUCAGUGACGACGUGCCAGUAUAUCAUAGCGCACCGCAUGAUCUGUAUUACAUAGUUCAUAUGCGUGUCCACGACAUGCCCCGGUUCCUUGUUGAAUGACUGCCAGCAACAACCGUAUCAUGUG